UUCCUCACUUGGCACUCACUGGAUCGGUCAGAUACUUCGGAAAAGCAAAACCUAUAUACAUACAUACUUCUGUCUUCCAUUACAAAGACUAUUAAAUAUGUUUCCAAACAAAAAAGAAAGUGAAGCCACACAACCCUUGAACGAUUUUGAUUCUGAACUUGCCGUACCUGUCAACAACACUGAUCGCUAUCCGCCGAUCCCACUGCCGGCACCUCCACUGCGACCUGGAUCGCAGGUGAAAAGCUCAAUGCCUGAGCAAGGUGCCCACUUGAUGGAAACUGGAGCUGCUGGCGGCGAGAACUAUGUUAUUCUUGAAGAAAUUGUGGUGCUGAAGAACAUCGUGUUCGAUGAUCAAAGUAUACGCAAGGGUUUCAUCCGAAAGGUGUUUGGAAUUUUUCUGGUCCAAUUGCUGUUCACACUUGGCGUAAUGGCCUUGUUUGUUUAUCACAAUCCCACCAAGUACUUUGUGCAAAAAAACCCUAUUGUCGUUAUAAUUGCUGUUUUAAUUAACAUUAUGAUAGCGAUCCUCAUAGUCCUCUCGGAGACAGUGCGUCGCAAGCAUCCCAUAAACCUGGUUUGCCUGGGGAUCUACACCGUUACCAUGUCCCUCCUGUUGGGCGCUGUCUCGAGCUACAUGGACGCCGAUGUAGUCCUUUUGGCAGUCGGAAUCACGGCCAUAUUGGUCAUUGGACUCUCUCUGUACGCCCUGCAGACCAAGAUCGAUUACACCGCUAUGGGCGCUGUUCUGGUCACUUUAUCGUUCUUCUUCUUCAUUAUGGCAGUGUCAAUGUUGUGGUCUCCGCUUGCUCGGUAUCAAAACAACUUGCCCAUCUCCCUAUUCGGCGCCCUCUUGGGUUGCUUUUACCUGAUCUACGACAUUCAGAUGAUGGUCGGCGGUAAUCACCAGUAUCAGUUCGAUCCCGAGGAGUAUGUGUUUGCUGCUCUGUCCCUGUACGUCGAUGUGAUUCAGAUAUUGAUCUAUAUCCUUCGGAUUCUGGAGAAAUUUAACUAGUGACACAGAAAGAAAGGGUCCUUAGACCAAUCUCAAGUAACCGAGAAAUCAUAAUAUGUGUGCCAUAAGAACAAAACUAUUGCAAGAACGUACUAGAACUCGAUGCUGGAGCUCAAAAGGAAGGCCUGUUAACUGGUUUUGGUAAUUCAGGAUUUUAUUAACUUACUUUUUUGGCUCAUCUUGUUCUAGGACAGUUUACAUUAAAUUUAUAUAUUCAUAUACUAUAUACGUGAGUGUCUACGUGGAGUAACUAUAAAAUACAAUCACAAAAUGUA